AUGCGAAGCCUUGAUAGGCUAUCGGGUAGCGACCAAGACUGCGGUGAUCGGGAAAUGUACAUCGACCUGGACGACGCCUCCGUCGACUCGCUUACCGGGAAACGUACUCGCCACCAUGUCGCGGAGGUGGGCGAGGAGAGCGACAGCAGCGGGAGCGAGAGGAGCCCGAAGCAGGCGAAGAGAAGAAAUCGCGGUAGCGCGCCGCCGGCCACGAGGAGACGGAAAAGCGGAAUUUCCGCUCGCGAGAGGAACUUGAGGAGGCUCGAAAGUAACGAGAGAGAGAGAAUGAGAAUGCACUCCCUCAACGAUGCCUUUGAGCAAUUACGCGAGGUAAUACCACACGUAAAAAUGGAGAGGAAGCUCAGCAAGAUAGAAACGCUCACGUUGGCUAAAAAUUAUAUAAUGGCACUGACGAAUGUCAUAUGCGAGAUGCGCGGCGAAGAACAACCGUACACGUUUGUCGAUGGCGAAUGCGGUUCUAGCAGCGGCGACAGUACGGGCCAAUUAGAAUUAAGCGGGGGCGAACAACCUGACGAAUCAUCCCCCGCGUCGAUUCACGAGACCAACAACAACAGUCUUCUCCACGAAGAUCUAGAGCGCAGAAUCUAAGAAAAUUCUAUUCUAAACGACAAACGUUGAGUACACGUACACAUACACACGACCACGUACACACGCAUACAUAUACACGCACAGACUCUGUGAUAAACUAUCAUAUUAGUGCCUUUCAUAGGGACAGCAAUCCGCGACGAUUCCACUCAUUAUUCGCCAUGGAUCUUCGUAGAUCGUCGUAAGUUUGCGAAAAAUCCGCGCUGGAAUAACAAAAUGAUGAUUCCGCAGAAACGCAAUAGAAGAAACGCGAAAAUAAGCGAAAAGAAGGGGAAACGAUUAGAAAGAGGCAUGGAAGAAACAGAGAAGAGAAAGAGAAAAAUAAGAUAAACAUAAUGAAAUAGAAUAUAACAGAGAGUGAAUAAUGAAGGAACAAGACAGAAAAAGAGAAAGAUAUAAGGAAGAGUACGCGUUUUUUGCAUUAUACGUAAUACACGGGACGUUUCCGAUCUAGCGUAUAAUUCUUCUCGAAGAGAGAUUUCUCGAUACGACCCGAGAAUCGAGAUGUCCUUAGAAGAAGUUUCAUAGGAAGCCAUUAUAUUUUUAUGACUUAAUUUCUCUCAUGCUAUAGAGAUAUCUUAGCCAAACCCCUCGAUCUAAGAUUCCGUUAAAGCGACAUUCUAAAAUAGGUUGAAGAAUAACGUUUCAUUACGUAGUUGAAUUUUAAUUCGUUAUUAAAACCGCUCAACUCUCCCUCCCUUUUGACUCAAGAACGAGCAACUCUAAAUAUGAAACAGGUAGCAAAAAUUCUCUUGUUAGUCUAUUUUCUUAUAUAUUUAGGGCUGAAAGAUAAUGUACUUCUCCAAAUAUCUAAGUAAUAACGUGUUCAGAUUGAACGUGCGUCUCGCUGUACAUAUAGAAUAUAUCGAGAGAGAAAGAGACAGAGAGUGAGAGAAUGAGAGAAAGAGAACAUAUCCGCAAAAAAUAUUUAUAUCGUACGGCACAUCGAGUGUACCGAAAAUAACGGUUGUGCAAAUAAUUCACACAUCGUUAGAUGUGUCUUUCUAUCGAUCGUUAAAUUUCCAUUAAUUUAUUCUUUUAUCAACAUUGCCGACUUAUUAGUUAGUGCAAGAUAUUAUCAUGCUAGUUACAACUACUAUUACUAUUACUUUUAUUCCUAUUACUAAUACUAUUCUGUUACGAUACUGCUC